CAUUUUGUUUUUCCGCUUUGCACAUUUUUUUAACAUCGACGUCGUCUCUACCGCCGCAAUUUAAAUGGACGGCUGGAGUCGGACACACAGGACGUAUUUAGGAAGUUAGAGCGAAUAAUGUGAAGGAAGAGAGACGAUGUGCUCGACGGGAACCAACAGGGAGCUGCAGCGGACGUCGUCCGACCCCGCUCUGCUGCUGGAGCUGAAGACCAGGCGUCCGCCGUCCUUGGAGGGCAGAGCGGGAUGCGAGACAUGGAGCGUGGACUUCUCCCCGGACGGAGCCUGGUUCGCCUGGUCGAUGGGACACGGCAUCGUCUGGGUGGUCGCCUGGCCGCUCGACUCUCUAGACAGUCAGAAUGGAGAGACCGACCGAGGAGACAAGAGCUUCAGUUGUGGUCAUCCCGUUUGGGGCCUCGCCUUCGGACCCAGACCCCAUAAAUCAGCUGCAGCUGCAAGGCCGGCUAAAGCAUCAUCAAACGGAAACAACAGCCUGCUUCUGGCCACCGGCCUGGAGAACGGGGUGAUCAAAAUCUGGAAUGUGUUAACAGGUGAAGCUGUAUUUGACCUCCACGGCCAUGAAGGUGUCGUGAGAGACCUGGUCUUCCCUCAGAACGGGACGCUCACACUCAUAUCGACCUCUCGGGACAAGACUUUGAGGAUUUGGGACCUGGCUCAGAAAGGUAAAAAGGUGCAGGUGCUCUCUGGCCACAAAGACUGGAUCAGCUGCUGCUGCGUAUCUUCAGACUGCAGCAUGAUUGCUUCUGUCGGCAGAUUUGACAGAAUGGUGUGUCUGUGGAGUCUGCGGUCUUAUACGUUCAUCAGGAACCUGGCAGGAGGGAUCCACAAGACCUUGUACCUCCUCUCCUCCUGUGACUUCUCUCCUGACGGGGCGUUGCUCGCCACCGCCGCCUUCAGUGGAUCCAGCUGGUGGAUCGACCUCUGGGACCCGUACACUGCAGAGAAACUGGCCACUCUGGUUGACUAUUUUGAAGAUUACGGGCAAAACCAAAUCUCAGCAAUACAGUUCUCUCCCAACGGUUUGCACUUGGCGAUGGUGACCGACGACAGAGCUCUCCGGAUCUGGGAGCCGGGGCAGAAAGGGAUGGAGAUGCAGACCAAAGUGGACCGAGACUCUAAUGGACUCUGCUGCAAAUACCAUCCACAGGGGGGAGUGGUCGCCACGGGAACCAGAGACGGCCACGUGAGGUUCUGGAAGGCCCCCCGGACGGUGCCCAGCCUGUGCCACCUGUGCCGAUCCAUCCUGCGCCACUCGGUCUCCACCCACCAGAUGGAGCCGCUGCCCCUCCCCAAGAGGAUCCUCCAGUACCUCACCUACAGGAACAUCCCCGACCGCCUCAAGACCUGCUGCUCCUCCGACGAAGAGGACUGGGAGGGUUAAAUAGGAACACUAACACAAUGCAACAACUGACAUUAACAGCGAGUGAUUGUCACGCAUAACAAAAAAAAAAAGAAAAGAGCCUUUAGUUUGCAGAUCGAGAUUAGCACAGGAAACAUCUCUCAAAGUAAUCUACUUUAGAUGCAGCCUUCCUACAUUAAGGAUUUCAUUUAUUGCACUACAUCUGUAAGACGAUGCAUAUCAUGUUCACAUGCUUAAUUGACUUGAAUAUCACCAUUUUAUACUAUUAAUUUAUUGUGUAAAUAUCAAAUAUAUACAUAUGUAUUUCUAAUUUCUGUGUUUAUCAUAAAACAGCACAUACUACUGUACUUACUGCGCUGUACCUGCACAUGUUAAUUGUUAAUAGAAGAUAACAGAGACCGGAAAUAUAGGAAAUUGUUUUAUUAAACACAUUCAAACACA